UCGUUCUGCAGCAGUCCCUAUGUGCUUGUGUGUGUGUGUGUGUGUGUGUGUGAUUGCGCGUGCGCGUACAGGGCUCCUCACGUAGAUCCGACGGAUCGGUUUAUCCCAGCUGUUGGUGUUUAGCCUUGAUUAGCCCAGAUCAGUUUAGUCCGGCAUCGGUAUGUCGUCCAGUCCGCAGGUCCAGACCCAGGAACCAAAUCAGGAUCAGACCCAGGAACCAAACCAGGAUCAGACCCAGGAACCGAACCAAGAUCAGAACCAGGAUAAUACGAAGGAGGAGGUGAAGGCGGAGGAGAAAGAAGAGAAAAAGGAGGAGAAACAGGAAAAGAAGGACGACAAGAAAGAAGCGAAUGAAGCGAAAAUGGAGAAGAAGAAGGAGGAGAAGCAGGAUUCCUGGAAGGAUUUCAUCUACAACCCGCGGACCGGGGAGUUUCUGGGCCGAACCGCUGGCAGCUGGGGUAAGAGAGGCGGCCAAAGAACCCGAUCUUUUCCUGACAGAAGGCCAGAUGGAGUACCUGGCAAGGUGCUAAGAGCAUGUGCCCACCAGCUCACCCUCAUCUUCACCCUCAUCUUCAACCUCUCACUGGAUCAGGCAGCCAUCCCAUCCUGUCUAAAAUCAGAAACAAACAUCCCAGUGUCGAAGAAGUCUCCCAUCACCAGCCUGAACGAUUACCGCCCUGUGGCCCUCACACCGGUAAUCAUGAAAUGCUUUGAGAAACUAGUCCUUCAGCACAUCAAGGACUACCUUCCCCCAGAAUUCGACCCCCACCAGUUUGCAUACCGUGCAAACAGAUCCAUAGAAGACGCCAUCGCCCUCCACUCUGUGCUGAGUCCCCUAGAACAUGCAUGUCCCAGUAAAACAAUCAUCCCAGACGUCCUCAUCAUCAAACUGGUCACUCUUGGCCUCCCGCCUCUCACAUGCGCCUGGAUAAAGGACUUUCUCACAAACCGGCCCCAGACUGUAAGACUCCGCCCUCAUCUCUCCUCCACUCGCACACUGAUCACCGGCUCCCCACAGGGCUGUGUGCUGAGCCCCCUCCUGUAUUCUCUCUACAUCCACGACUGCAGUUCAAACCAAAACAACAAUCUCAUCAUCAAGUCUGCUGAUGACACCACGGUAGGCUGCCUAAUCUCAAAGGGAGACGAGGCAGCCUACAGAGAGGAAGUCGUGAAGUUGGCAGCCUGGUGUUCAGAGAACAGCCUGGCACUGAACACUAAGAAAACCAAAGAGGUCAUUGUCGGCUUCAUGAGGCACAGCACUGACUUAGCCUCUCUUUACAUCAACGGGGAGCGUGUGGAGAGAAGACAACAUCUCAGCGGGCGUCUGAUGUUCUACUGCUCAUCCAUUGAGAGCCUGCUAACUAACUGCAUCACGUGUCGACUCUGCCCCUGCUCAGACAUACAAGCCUCAUUUUGUCUUUCUUCCUCUUCAGGUUAUAAUGACAGUAUUCAGGAGCGUAAUGACUUGUGUAUGGUGGGCGAAUACACUACACAGGACAAUGAGCCGAUAAAGAAGGUUUGUCAGUUUAAACGAAGUACACUGCGUCAGUGUUCUGGUUUGCCUGACCCCAGCUUUGGGUUCAAGGAGGGGAAACCCUGCAUCAUAAUCAAGCUGAACCGGGUAAUCGGCCUGAAACCAGAAGGAGAUCCCUACAUCAACUGCACUGCCAAGAGAGCCACUUCCUUGCAGAUGCAGUACUUUCCGUCUGAGGGUCGUCUGGAUAAGAUGUUUUUUCCAUACUAUGGGAAGAAGUCUCACCCUGACUACGUGCAACCGCUUGUUGCAGUCAAGUUAUUGUUCACAAAAGAAGACUAUAACAUCGAGCAGACGGUGGAGUGUAAAGUUGAGGGUUCUAACCUCCGCAAUGAUGAUGAGCGAGACAAAUUUCUGGGUCGCGUCACUUUUCGGGUCAAAGUGUCAGAGUAACCAGACAUGAGAAUUGCCAUGAACACCACAAACUGGGUUUACACUGGCAAUUGGUCUCCAGUUCUGGAUACUUUUUAACAUGGACCUGAUCUUAUCUCUGUCUGUUCAGACUCUAAAGAAGUGAUCAAAUCUGGAGAAGUGGGAGAUUUCACUGGUUUUACUGCCUAUAUCUUUCAGA